AUGGAGCUGAGGCCCCGGCGCCGCAGGGUGCCACAACCCCCCCCAGCUGGCUCCUUCAGUCCCACAGCCCCGCUCAGGGUGCUGGCAGGGCCCCCCCAGGUGCCGUCCCCCCCAAAAAAGAAGCGGCAUGUUCCCGAGGAGGAAGGUGAGCUCAGAGCAUCCCCAUAGGGGAUGUGCCUCUCCCCCAGCCCGCCCCCACAUGCCGCUGUCACCCCGCUGGGCACCCCAGCACAGCACUGGGGUGACGAUGACACCGUCCCCAUGGCAGUGUGCAGGCUGUGCCAGCGGGCAGAUGGCGACCCCGAGGUCUUUGGGCAGACGUGCCAGCAGGAUGGGCUCUGCAUCCACGAGAACUGCCUGUACCACGCCAGCGGGCUGAGCCAGCAAGGGGCUGAUGGAGAGGGUUUCUAUGGCUUCCUCCUCCCCGACAUCCACCAGGAGCUGCAGCGGGUGGCACAGAAGAUGUGCUGCAUCUGCCGGCAGCGGGGCGCCUCGGUCACCUGCCAGGCUCGGAGAUGUCCCCGAAUCUUCCACUUCCCCUGCGGCAUCGAGCGGGGCUGCAUCUCCCAGUUUUUCGGGGAGUUCAAGUCCUUUUGCUGGCAGCACCGGCCAGCACAGCGGCUGCGAGCGCUGCAGCAGGGCCACAGCCCAUGUGUCAUCUGCCUGGAGGCGGUGGUGAGGCGGCCCCGCUAUGACACCCUGGUCUGUCCCGCCUGCACCAGUGCCUGGUUCCACCGCCACUGCAUCCAGGGCCAGGCGCUGAGCUCGGCCCUGCACCAUUUCCGCUGCCCGCUCUGCCAGGACAUGCAGACCUUCCAGGAGGAGAUGUUUCGCCUGGGCAUCAAAAUCCCCGACAGGGACGCUGCCUGGGAGGAGGACGGGGCUUUCGAGGAGCAUUACCAGCGGCACAGCUCCUGCGACGCCAGCCAGUGCCUGUGCCCAGUGGGACGGGAGCAGUCAGAGGACACAGGGCCCUGGAGGUUGCUGCUCUGCAGCUCCUGUGGCUCCUGCGGGACCCAUCAGCGCUGCUCUGACAUCAGGGAGGACACCAGCUCCUGGGAGUGCAGCGACUGCGCCGACAUGUGCACCAGUGAGAGCUGCAGCUGGGGGACAGGGUCCCCAUAG